AGUCAAAGCAGUCAGUUAAUGGUUGGACACUCGCUAGUUUGGUUCAGUUUUGCUUUCAAUCGAAACUGGUGUCCGUUUAUCCGUUGAUGAUCCGUUACCUUUUCGCCUUACUUUUACUUUAUAACAACCGCACACAGGAAGAGUUAACUUUUACCUUCUCUGUUAUUCGCAGCAUCGUGACCGUUCAAUAUUAAUGGUGAAGUAAGAAGAUACGUGAACUUGUUUCAAUUUCGCUGGGAAGAUUUUAUAAGAGCGAAAACUAAACAGUGUAAGUUACCUUACCAAGAAACGAACGGGUUUACGAGGCGUCCGUUGCGCCCGUUUCGAAAAGAAAAUUCUUAUUGCGGGCGCGUUUCCGUCUCCAUGUCUCAAUAAGAUAUCGGUCAAUAGUGAAAAGUGUCGUAUACAGCGUCAUCGGCGACAACGUCUUCAGAGAAGCGCAUCUGGAAUAGUAGCAGGUGUUGAAGAAGUGUCUUGAAAAGUUGGCUUGAGGAGGAGAAAAGGGUAGUUGGUAACAGUUGUGCAUGUUUAUUGUCGCGAAUUGCAAAUCUGAAUCAACUGGAUUUUAUCUGAAUAAGAACGAGUGGAUUACUACAAGACUCUAAAAUGAUUUUAAGAAUAUUGUGUUUACUGUCGCUGGCGUGUGCGAUAUAUGGCCAAUGGGGAUUUGGAGCAAACCAGUUUCAGACUUCAGUCGGCUUUGGAAAUGAACAUCAAGUUUCACUAGGGCCAGAAUGUGCAUUAGUCUUAGGCCCAGGACGUUCAUCACUCUACGAUUACAAUAUUAAUUUGUUUAAAGGACAUGCGGAACCGUUCAUUGCUGAUCGAACUUGCAUAACAUACGAUGCCGUGAAUGCAGCCUAUCUGGACGCCAGGAAAAGAAUUCGUGUCGCACAACCACAAGGCGAGUGGAAACCAGAGCAUGUUGCAACCGUUGGUGAACUACUAUUGGAUAUUUCCAUCAAUUUAGCAAGAACAUAUGGUCUUUCAUAUGAAGAAAUCGAAAAAGGUUUACCCACCAUUGACACCUCUAAAACACUCAUCCGUGAAGUAUGUCCACCAUUUUUCUCUGGAGUAGAAUGUCGUCCAGGUAAAUACCGUCGUUUUGAUGGACUUUGCAACAAUGUUGAUCAUCCUACAUGGGGCGCUACUAUGGCACCUUUCCAACGGCUCGUUGGACCGCUCUUCGCUGAUGGCAUUAAUGCUCCAAGGAUCUCAAUCACUGGCAGUGACCUUCCGCUAUCUCGCGUUGUAUCCCGCACAAUGCAUCCUGACGAAGGUUACCAUGACCAUGCCGGAACUGUUAUGAUCAUUGCCUGGGGUCAAUUCAUGGACCACGACUUCACUUUAACUGGAACACCACUAGAUCCUAUCAACCGUAACGAUCCGGAAGAGUGCUGUAAACGACCAUUACAUCUGAAGCACCCGUACUGCAAUGAAAUCAGAAUUCCAGACAAUGAUUACUUCUACAAACUGUUCAAUGUAAAAUGUCUUGAUUUUGUCCGAGCUUUCCCAUCGCCACGGCCGGGAUGUCGACUUGGCUCAAGAAACCCCUACAACAUUCUCACUGGCGUAAUUGAUGGUAAUACUGUAUACGGUGUCACUGAGAAAUUCGCAAGAAGUUUACGUACCGGAUACGGAGGUCUCCUACGCAUGAAUCCUGUUUUCAAACAAUAUGGACUGAAGGACUUGCUACCACUCAAACUCGACAUACCAGACGAAGGUUGCACACGUCCAAAUGGAAAUAUGUAUUGCUUCGAUGCUGGUGAAAUUCGUGUCAAUGAACAACUGGUCCUCACAUGCAUGCACACUCUUAUGGCCCGUAAUCACAACAACCUUGCUGCCGGAUUAGCCCAUGUCAAUCCACACUGGGACGAUGAAACUCUUUUCCAGGAAGCUCGUCGUAUCAACAUUGCCAUUAUACAGCAUAUCACAUUCAACGAAUUCCUUCCAAUCUUGCUCGGAAAAGAAGUCCUCGAGAAAUUCGGUUUAGUUCUGCAAAAGCAUGGAUAUUGGGAUGGUUACGAUCCAAAAAUCAACCCUGGUAUUAUUGAUGCUUUUGCCGCUGCUGCUUUCCGUUUUGGUCACUCUCUAUUGCCAACCGCUGUUGAACGUUGGUCGAAGGCUCAUAAAUUCAUCGCCUCCAAACGGUUAUCAGAUUUGAUUCGUAGACCGUAUGACUUGUAUCGUGCUGGUGUUUUGGAUGAAUACUUCAUGGGACUGAUGAAUCAAGUAGCGCAAGCUAUGGAUGAUUCAAUUACACAGGAAGUAACUAAUCACCUCUUCAAGAAAGAGGGUGCUCGAUUCGGUAUGGAUUUGGUUUCACUAAAUAUGCAAAGAGGACGUGAAUUUGGUCUGCCAGGAUAUAUGGAGUUCAGAAAAUUCUGUGGCCUUCCCCCAGCUGAUCGUUGGGAUGAAAUGUUCGGAUCUAUGCCAAACGAGACUAUCAGAAGAUAUCAAUCCAUUUUCAAGCAUCCUAAUGACAUCGAUCUUUGGUCAGGCGGUGUUUCUGAAAAACCUUUGCCAGGAUCAAUGUUAGGACCAACCUUCGCUUGUGUUAUUGCGACUCAAAUGAGCUACUCAAGACGUGGUGACAGAUUCUGGUAUGAACUUCCAAACCAACCAUCUUCAUUCUCACCAGAACAACUUCAAGAAAUUAGAAAGAUUACAUUGGCGCGUUUGAUUUGUGAUAAUACAGAUUUAAUUGAUACUGUUCAGAAAUACCCAAUGGUGUUGCAUGAUCAUGAAUUGAACCCUCGCAUUCCAUGCAAGAGUGGAAUCAUCCCAACGAUAGAUAUAUCGAAGUGGGCGGAUUAUAACCAGGAUUUAUCACACUUUGAAUUUAAUGGACUCAAUGGCUUCGGAAACUCACUGGAUUCUGUAAUACAUUUAAAGAAAUAAUUUAUCGACUCACUUUGUUCUAGUUCGUUUGCAGUCAUUUUUUUAUUCAAUCAGCCUCCACAAUUUGAGUGAUCAGCACCUGAGAGAAAAUAUGAAAAACUUGCAUGACUACAUAGUUUUUAAAGCAAAGCCAACAGAUUGUAAAAAGAAAAUGUACAAGGGCACUAACCAAUAUUUCUCAAUUUAGCUGAUCUUUCUCAAGUUGCCAUUAAUAAGUUUUAUUGUUUCAAUCACCAUUUCAUAUACAUCGUCCUUUCAUUUACUUUUUUAAUUUCAGUUGUCAUUUUUACAGCCGCAUUUUCGUUAUUUUAUUGUAUCGUAUGAUUCCCAUUUAGUAGCAAUAUUAUCCCUUCUAAAUGAGCGUUGUAAAUUUAAACCUAAGAAUACCCAUUGAUUUCAUCCAUUAAUUUUCCUUCAACCAACCUUUCACUGCACUAAAACAUGCACAUUCCUAUAAGGGUAGGAUACCUACCCUUUCACCUAUUUUCUUUUCCAGUGGUUUUGAAAAGAGUCUUCCUUUUCUCUUGAAGAAAAUAAAUAAAAAAACGUGUCUAUGCGUUUUUUGUAGUAAUCAUAAAUAUAAUUCAGCCAUGGAUAUUGUCCCUUUGUGAAUAGCCUGUAAUUUGUAUGUAUUAUUUUUUGAUUUUGAUUUUUUUUUUCAUUUUUGUAAAUAAUUUAUAUACGAAAAAAAUCACACAAAAAUAAGCAAACUUCCCUAUACUUUACAAUUGAAUUGAUACAUUUUUUUGUAAUUUUGUUGUAAUUGAGUGAGCAAUAAAUUAAACAACCAGUUUUUAAGAAAUAA